UUCAUUCGUUGUUUCGAGCUCUCAAAAUGCGCUCUUUAAUAGUGGUGCUCUGUUUAGCCGUUUUGGUGCUCGGUAAGCCCAACCUCAGACAUACGAUUUCGUGGGAUCAUUUUUGGACUCAGGAGGAGAUUGAGGAAUAUAUGCAUGAAUUGGUCGAAGAAUAUCCGGAUAUCGCUACGCUGGAAACCGUGGGUACAUCAACCGAGGGUCGUGAUAUCGACGCAAUUCUGGUUUCUUAUGGUACAAACGCUAAUAAACCAUUGGUGAUAAUCGAUGCUGGUUUACGGGCACGAGAAUGGGUCUCUCCAAUGGUCGGUAUGUUCGUCCUUCAUGAGUUGGUUGAGCAUCCAGAUGAGUUCACCGACAUUCUACAGGCAGUUAACUUCCUGGUGAUCCCGCUUGUUAAUCCCGAUGGCUAUGUUUACUCGCAUGAGACGGACAGAAAUUGGAUCAAGACUCGCAGCAGUAGCGGAAAUGGUUGCUACGGGGUUGAUUUGAAUCGUAAUUUCGAUUAUGAGUGGGGAACUGUUGGAGUUAGUUCGGAUCCGUGUGAUGAUGCAUUUCCAGGAUUGACUGCAUUUUCUGAGCCUGAAGCACGAGCCGUACGGGAUACGGUUAGUAAUUAUGCUACAAACCUGAAACUCUAUCUAAGCAUACAGGCAGCCGCCAAGAUGGUGGUGUAUCCUUUCUCCUACAAUGGGCUACGAACUCCGAGCAACGAUCACAAUACGGUAGCGCAAAUGGUUGCCCGUGCAAUGAUGGGAGAGAACGGAUACAUCUACACGUAUGGAGCAGCCGGCAUACAAUUGCCGGUGGAAUCUGGAACCGUCAGUGACUAUGUGGCCGGUACAUUCGAACACGAGUACACCUUUGUGCUGGAAACCCGCGGUGGCACAGAUAACGAAUAUGAACUUCCCGCAGAUAAACUUUCCGAGGUGUUGUAUGAAACAGCGGCUGGUCUGAAAGUAUUGGGAGAGUACGUUGCUGGCAUUCGAAGUCUUGAAUAA